CCACGCCUGCGCGGUGUGCGCCUCUCAUUACAAGCGAAGUUGCUGCAUCUUUUUAGGAAGCUGCAUGCUUUCUUUCGACAUCCAAAGGUCGCAUGGUGUCAGGGACGCGCCUAGUCACGGGAACAGUCCGGAGCGCGUUCACGAGAGGUGCAAGAUCGCGCUUUAACAGUGAACAGUAUCAAGCAGCGUGCGGGGGAUCCAGCCCAAUGGUUUACAUGGGUCACAACGACCAGUCAAUGAUUUGCGCCGAGUGCAUUUCCCCCCCUCGUCCGGCAUUCAGUUUGCAAGCCUUCUCUGAUAUGCACGGGAGGAAACUGACAUAGCAAACUCAUCUGUAUGGUCGGGGAGCAGGAGCACACAGUAUGGUCCGGGAAACCAGACAUCUAUGGGUGGGAAAUUUACCCGAAAAUGUGCGAGAAGAGAAAAUCAUUGAGCACUUCAAGCGAUAUGGCCGUGUGGAGAGUGUCAAGGUCCUGCCCAAGCGGGGUUCAGAAGGUGGAGUCGCUGCCUUUGUGGAUUUUGUGGACAUUAAAAGUGCUCAGAAGGCUCACAAUGCUAUCAACAAGAUGGGGGACAGAGACCUGCGCACUGAUUACAAUGAACCAGGAACGAUCCCUAGUGCCGCGAGGGGGCUUGACGAUAGUCUGUCCUUAGGCUCUCGUGGCCGGGAUGUAUCAGGGUUCACAAGGGCGGCAGGGGGGGCCAUGUAUGCGCCCCCCACGUCGCUCCACAGCAGAGACGGACGCUAUGAACGCAGACUAGACGGGUUUGGACUCUACUUGUAAAGGAGAUCACGGAUCAACAACAGACACAAGCAUCCAAGAGCUUCAAAGAUGAAUGUUCUCCACCCUGGGAAGGAGCACCUUGCUACCGAGAACAAAAAUCUGGAUUACCAUUAAAAGACACAUUCCCAACCUGUCAUGCCACCCGUUCCACAAGAGGAGUUUGACUACGUUACUGCUGUGCACAGUGUGAUCGAACUGGAAUGUGCAGGACUACGCACAUAAAGAUGCAAGACUUAAUUUUCACAUCACUUCCAUAAUUGCCGUUGGGGAAUCAAUACUGCAGUAUUUACUGAAGAGGGACUCCUGGAUACCGUAUUAAUUUUACUGGACUCAAGUGCGUCACAGAUUUUUUAUUUCCCCCCACGUUUGGAUGGAUAUAUGGACUCAGAUAGACAUUUUCCAGCAUGCAAAAUAUCCUGACCUGGAUCCAUACAAGAACAAGAUUGUUUUUGUUAUUUUUUAAAUUAGAAAACGG